AUGGAGCCUUCUAGCAAGGCUCUGUGUUUCCACAAAGCCCUGAAGAGCUGCCAAGCUAUUGGAACAAGUGCUAAGGAGCUGGAAGAUGCCAUGGAUGCCAAUGCCUUCAUAGCAGAGCAUGAUGUGCCCGCUACCUGCUCGUACCUUGCAGCAGAGCUCUCUGUGGAGGAAGCCAAGAUGCUGUUGGAGAAGGGAAAGAGCAUGGAGAGCAUGAAAAAAAAACAGGGAUGGGGGACAGGAACAAUGCUUGUGUCUGCAGCUGGCUUUGUGGACUAG